UAUCUAUUGUGCAAUAUGAGGCGCGCGGUGCGCCGCCGCGCAUGCGCCCACAUUUUCCCGCCAAACUCCGCACGCGUCCAGACGCGUACGAAAAACAAAAUAAAAAAAAUUAAAACUCACGUCUAUAAUUUUAUUUAUGGUCUAAUAAAUUUUAAAAAUGGAAUUUUGUUGAUUAGAUAUUUUUUCAUGUUGUUAAAAUGGAAGUCAUGUUUAAUUAAUUAAAUUGUAAUAAAAUCGGGUGUGGUGACAGUGUUGUGUGGUGGUUAGUGGUGCGUGAUGUUACCACGAUGUGGUUGGCUGUGGUCCAUCUGCUGCUGGUGACCGAAGCCCUAGCGUUUAACAUCAGCAACUUGAUCUCACCGUUCAGCGAUGUGGUCCAAGUUCGCUACCCAACUCGCAAGUCGCACGUCCGUCGUCAACGCGCCAUACCUCCGUCCGUGCCGUUCCCGUGCGAGGACGCGCUCUCCUGGGGCCGCAGUCCCCAGCGGCCCACCUCCGUGCAUCGGUUAAGGCCGGGAGACAUUGAUGUGGUGGCCGCCAUCGGGGACUCUCUGGUCGCUGGCAGUGGAGCGCUUGAAGAGUUCGCGUUAGGCGCUUUUGUGGAGUACCGGGGUGUUUCCUGGUGUGCUGGCGGUGACGCGACAUGGCGCGAGUAUUUAACCUUACCAAAUAUCCUGAAGGAGUUCAACCCCAACCUCAAAGGGUUCUCCACGGGUACCGGCGAGUGGCUCACGAGGAACGCCAAGUUCAACGUCGCCUUCCCCGUGGCUUCCGACGAGGACGCCUUGAAGCAAGCUAAGAUCUUGGUAGCUCGAAUGCGAUCAUCUCCAGAAAUCGACAUGGAGAACGAUUGGAAGAUGGUGACGGUGUUCAUAGGGGCCAACGAUCUGUGCUCGGCGUCCUGCCUCAACCCAGUCUCGUGGUCUCCGGCCGCGCAUGCGAAGAAGCUGGCUAUAGCACUGGACUAUCUACACAAACAUCUGCCCAGGACUAUUGUUAACUUGGUACCAGUUUUAGACGUAUCAGUAUCAAUCCGCGUGCUGCGUCCGAUGAUGUGUCGACUGAUGCACUCGUUGUUCUGCACGUGCUUCCACCAGGGAGGGAACGAGCUCUACGACCUCGUGCGCAUGGCCAGGCUCUACCAGAAGGCGGAGACGGCGCUGGUGGACAGCGGUCGCUACUCGUCCGACGAUCAGUUCGCGGUGGUAGUGCAGCCGUUCAUGCGCCUGUUCAACGCGCCGCUGCCGCCGCCCGCCGCGCUGCCGCUCGUCAUCCACCAGUCAUACAUCACGCACGACUGCUUCCACUUCUCGCAGAAGGGACAUGCUCUUGCGGCGAAUCUCCUGUGGAACAAUCUUCUAGAGCCAGUGGGCAACAAAUCAGACAACGUGCCUCCGGUCCUCCUCCGUUCGUUCCGUUGUCCCUCCCGCAAUGCUCCAUACUUCUUCACCAGCAAGAACUCGCGCUCCUACCUCCUCACGGGCAAACAGGACGGAGCUGAUGAGGUCUUCUUAUGAUCAUCAUUAUGCAACAUCAGAGGAUACAACAGUUUCAAAUAGGUGGUGUUUCUCUAAAUGACUAAAGACUAGUGCAAAUGAUUUCCUUUCGUUUCGUGUAUAGUGAUGUGGCUUAAAGACAAGUUGUAAUUCAAGAUGGUUAUUUGGUGUUGGUUGGUGCUAGCGACCUAGUCAUGGAACUAAUGGAUGUGUUUGAUAGAUGAUAAAACAAGGACUCUUUGGAUGAAGUUACAAGACGAUUAUAAUCAUAUUUGUGAUGUGUACAAGAGAAACUCUUUUCACAGUUCUUUAAGUAGAUAUUUUUGUAAAUGUGUUUGACUUUGAACGAAGUGGCGGACCAAAGUAAGUAUCGGAAGUUACAAAGACUUCUUUCUCAUAAAGAUCCUGAAAUAAGUUUUUAUUUCAUUAAAGGUGCCUUUUCUUAGACAAGGAAGAAAUAGGUGAAAUAAUCCUUAAGUUAAUGUCUUAAGGAACUCGAUAAAUAUACUUGUCAAAUGUUGUUCUAGAUAUAAACGAAUGAUUUGUACAUAGUAAUUUAAAUAUGUAGGUAAAUAAAUAAUGUUCUUAUAGUAAAGAGUUAGAUAGGUGGGCCUAGGUGUAGAUAAUUGGAAACCUCAUUGUUAAGUUCUAGUAAAUUGGUAGGCGAUCCCAAAAAUACUUUUAUAAUUAUUACAUGUUGCAUCAUAAGACGAAAAAUAGGAACAACAUUGGGUGUUCUAUAAUUCUUUUCUUUCAAUUAAUUAUUCUAAAUGUCUUUAAGAUUAUUCCAAUAAGUCAUAACAUUGAUUCUAAUUUGGACUAGCUUAAGGCAAGGCUAUGAGCUCCUGGCGUGACUCGAAAUCCGUCGAGCUAUCUCGAAUAAGUAAAACCUGUAAUGUUUCUACAACAACUAAGUUUAUCUUUCUAUUAACAAAUGUACAUACUACAAAUAGUUUAAAACCCUAUAAAAGUGCUCCAAAUAUCAUUAAUUUAACGUUAAAACUAAAGAAUACUAAUUAAGUUAUAGUAAACAAUAGCUCAAUGUUGUGAUGUAGUGAAUUAAGUGACACUUAGCGACAGUAGUACCACUUGAUAGUGCCAUCGACGUACGCUCUGAACCAAAUGUUAUUGUAAGACAAGUUACCUAUAAUUAAGUUAUCGGUCCAUGGCUAUAGUAAUUUUAAGAGGAAAUAAAUGUAUUUUUGUAUA